UGGAGGACAAAUGGCACUGCACAUCACCCUAAAAACACCAGUUUGGAGGUGGUAACAUCAUGGUGUGGGGCUGCUUUUCAGCAUACGGUACUGGCAAGCUUUAUAUAAUUGAAGAAAGGAAUGUUUUAAAUAUUUAGACAUUUGUUGUUUGGUCUAUAAAAAGGUGUCUCAUUACCAAGGUGUCACACAAGAAACAUCUCAUGAUGGGUAAAAGCAAAGAGCUCGCUCAAGACCUUCGCAACCUUAAUGUUGCAAAACAUACUGAUUGCAUUGGUUACGGACGCAUUUCUAAACUUCUAUAUGUUCCAGUUAGCACUGUUGGGGCCAACAUCAUUUCACCAUAAACUAAGUAUUGCACUCCUGUAAUGCACACUAAAGAGUGGCGGAAAGUGACAAUCUAGUCACACAGACACAUCAGGUGCUUCAGUUCUCCUCUGGCCUCUUCUGGAUUGGACAGCCAACACUACACCCGGAUUAUAAAGAGUGGCGGAAAGUGACAAUCUAGUCACACAGGCAACAUGAAGGUCCUUCUGCUCUUGGGAUUGGUGGCUGUCGCUCUGGCCGAGCGGACCAGCUUUGAGGGGGAGAAAGUCUUCCGUCUGAAACCCACCACUGAUGAACAUGUGACCCUCAUCAAGGAUCUGGCCCUCAGCAUGGAGGUUGAUUUCUGGAGCCCUGAGAGUGCUGAGCAGGUGACCAUUGACAUCGAUGUGGACAUCCACAUUCCCGCUUCCCACACCUCCAUGGUCUAUACCGUCCUUAAUCAGAGUGACAUGGAGCACGAGAUUUUGAUUGAGGAUCUCCAGGCUCAGAUUGAGGCUCAGGUGGAGAGCCGUACGGUCACUCCCAGGUCUCACAGCUACACCAAGUACAACAGCUGGGACAAGAUCCAGGCCUGGAUCUCCUCCGUCUCCGCUGCCAACUCUGAUCUGAUCAGCAGACAGGUGAUCGGAAAAACCUAUGAGGGCCGUCCCAUGAACGUGCUGCAGAUUGGCAAGAAGACUGGCUCCCCCAAGCCCGCCAUCUUCCUGGACUGUGGUAUCCAUGCCAGAGAGUGGAUCUCUACUGCUUUCUGCCAGUGGUUCGUCAACGAGGCUGUGACCACCUAUAGAAGCGACUCUCAGAUGACCAGCCUGCUGAACCAGAUGGAUGUUUACGUCCUGCCUGUCUUCAACAUUGACGGCUAUGAUUACACCUGGAAGAGCAUGGAAAUAAAGAACAGGAUGUGGAGGAAGACCCGCUCCAGGAACUACGGUACUAGAUGCCGCGGAGCUGACCCCAACAGGAACUUCAAUGCUCGCUGGUGCACCGAGGGAGCCUCUAGAAACCCUUGCCGUGACACCUACUGUGGCUCUAAGGCCGAGUCUGAAAUCGAGGUCAAGAAUGUGGCUGACUUCAUCCGCAAGAACAAGUCCAUCAUCAAGGCUUACAUCACCGUUCACUCCUACUCCCAGCUGCUCCUCUUCCCCUACUUCUACUACCAGCUGGCUGCUGAUCACGCUGAGCUGAUGAGCGUUGCUCGAGGUGCCAUCAGAGCUCUGACCAGCAUGUAUGGCACCCAGUACCGCGCCGGCCCUGGGGCUACCACCAUCUACCCUGCUUCUGGAGGCUCUGUUGACUGGGCCUAUGACCUGGGUGUGAAAUACUCCUACGUCUUCGAGCUGCGUGACACUGGUCGCUAUGGUUUCCUGCUCCCCGAGUCCCAGAUCAAGCCCACCUGUGAGGAGACCAUGUUGGCCGUGAAGUACAUCGCUACCUACGUGCAGAAGACCCUGUAAUAAACAGGUUGGAUCAUAGGAAGCCAUGGCCAUUGAAGAGUGUCUCCAGUUAAUCUUAGAUUAGGAACACAACCAUCAGUCCUGGUUCAGCCAUAUGUCAUAUUUCCUGUAUAUGUAAACAUCAAUAGGGAUACUAAGAUGAAAUAAAGACUUGCCAGAAAUAAUGAA